AGUGCGGCAGGAAGCACAGCCUCUGUGUGUAGACAGGCUGCAGUGUCACCACCGGAGGAACAACUCAAAUUGUGCCAUUUGCCUUCUCCCCAAACUUCGGGGACCCUUUUUCUUGGUCAUGUCCGGAUUUUGUAAACCAACAGCCAAGAACUUCGAGAGCUUGACUUUGGACUCUGGGUAUGGAGGAGCUGCCGACUCGUGUGGAUGGUCCAGUUUGUCGCUGUCUCAUUCAGGAGGGACCUGGGGCUCGUUGGCCGGUUCAGCAGGGGGGAGAUACAUGGACAGUUGUGACAGCCUGGACACUGAGCUACCAGAGGGCUCAGUGUUAGAGGUUCUGGACUGCUGGCCCAAACUACCCCUUUUGGAGGAUGUCCCAUGGGCUGAGGAAGAGUUGCAGGAGGUGCUACGAAGACGCCAUCCCGGAGAAUGCAGGCAGCCCGCUCCCGGUAGCUUGCUUAAGAAACUCUCCAAGUACCUGAGCAGGGCACUGGUCCGGAUCGGCAGAGAGGCGCAGAGGCUCAGCCUCCUCACCGCCAAAUGCAGCAAACACGAAAUCCAAACUGCGGCCAAGCUGGUCCUGUCCUGGUCCCUGUCUGAAAGCUGCAUGGCGGCGGCGGUCAAGGCGCUGUCCGCCUACAACCUGAACUCCGGCGACCAACUCAACAGCAGCAAGAGCUCCCAGUGCAACUUGGUGUUCUCGGUUGGCCGCUUCUUUCGGUGGAUGGUAGACAGCAGGCUGUCCAGCCGCAUCCAUGAGCACGCAGCGAUCUACCUGACUGCUUGUAUGCAGAAUAUCCUGGAGGAGCUGCACAUGAAGCUGCCGGACAGCUUCCUAUCCCGAGGGAAGGAGUCGCUUGAGGCCAUAGACAAAGCCCUGGAACAAAUGAUCAGCAACGACGCAGAUCUCUGGGGUUUGUUCCAACCCUACGAACACCUCAUCUGCGGGAGAAAUGCUUACGGUGUGCCUUGCAUUCCGAUCUACCUCAGCCUGUACAUGGAACGUUAUCAAAGUGGAAGAUCGAUCCACUGUCAACUGUACAAUUGCUUGGACCUUAGGAACCUGGAGCAGGUUAUGCUGGCAACCUCUGUGGGCACCAUUGCUGAACUCAGUGACCUGGUCUCACAAGCGAUGUAUUAUUUCCAUCAAUUUGGUGCAAAGCACCCUGGAAAGGGAUUUCAGCUACAUUUCAAAAAGGGGCCGUACUCCUGGGAGCCGGAGGCUCUUCACGGGCUCUUUUACUACAUGCGCUGCCCUCAUCUGGAGUUGGAGAAUCCCAACACUGACCCACCACAAAUAAAACUGGGCAGUGAAAGGCCGUAUGAGAUUCUCCCACCGGUGGUUGAGUGGAUCAGGGUAUGCAUUGCGCAGGCAGAUCACAGAUACAGUCUCACAGUAGACAUUGGUGACCUUCGACAGGCGGCCAGGCUUCUGCUUCCAGGUGUAGACUGUGAACCCCGACAACUCUGGAUUAACAGCAUUUUAUAUCCGUCCCGUGGACUGGACACCAAGCAGGCAGAGCUAAAACUGAGACAGAAUCUGGGCUUCCAGAUGUUGAACUCCGGUCGUACUGAUUUGGUGAACGCAGCCGCUGCAUUGCUGGGACCAGAGGGACUCAAUGCUCUUAGUGAACAGGGAUUGACUCCACUGAUGUAUGCAGCGAGCAGUGGAGAUGAGGCCAUGGUUCAGGUCCUGUUGACAUCUGGAGCAGACAUUGAUAUUCAGGUGCCAGGUUAUUCCCAACAGUGCCCAUCUGUCCAUGCAGAGACUCGACACUGGACUGCUCUCACCUUUGCAGUUGCAUUUGGCCAUCUGUCAAUCGCACAGUUGCUGUUGGAUGCCGGGGCCCACAUUGAUGGCUGUGUUGGUGAAGGAAGCUGCUCUGAAACUCCUCUGCAGAUGGCAGCUGCAGCAGGUCACCUAGAUCUGGUCAGUUUGCUACUGGAGAAAGGAGCUGAUCUCCUGGCUGGAUCCAUUGGUAAAAAUGGAGUCACUGCAUCUUUGCAAGGAAUUACUAAUCCUUUCAGUCAGGCUGCUGCCCAUGGACACAGGGAUGUGUUGCAGAAGCUUCUGUCACAGCCAGACACCGUAAAAAAUGACAUCAUGUCCUUGGAGGACAUCCUUGCUGAAGGGGCAGAGGUCAGCGACCAGCAGGCUGCGAAACCUGGGGUAAAUCGCAGCAGUAAAUCUCGUAGGAAAGCUCUGCAGGAUGCCCUGAAUCAGAGUGCUGAGCAUAAUUAUCUUGACAUCACCGUAGAAUUACACAACCAUGGUGUUCCAUGGACUGUACAUUCCUGGCUGAAGUCCCUGGCAACCUCGCUGAUCCAGCGGCAGUGGACCAUAACUCUUUACCUGCUGAAGGACUUUGAUUCUGUGAAGGAUGUAUACAGCCAAGAAAUGAUCACCCAAGGACUGACCCUCAUGUUUGACAUAUUCCGCCUGAGCAAGAACGAUGCUAUUAUGCGGCAGCUGGCAGCCAUCUUCAGCCAUUGCUAUGGGCCUUAUCCUAUACCCAUGAUUCAGGAGAGCAGUGAGAAGAUCAAGGCUGCACCUAACCCCACUUUAUUGAAUUGCCGAGAACAGUCAGACAUCACAUUUCUGGUGGAAGGGAAGCCAUUCUACGGUCAUCGGGCAGUGCUGUCAGCUGCCUCAUCCCGGUUCAAAAAGCUUAUUGCAGCCUACCAUCCUGAUGUUAAGACCUGUAACCCCAUCGAGAUUAAGGAUAUCCAGUACAAUACAUUCAAGUGCAUGGCUCAGUAUAUUUAUGACGGAGGGACAGAGAGACUUGGCAUCAGUAAAAAUCAAGCCCUGGAGGUUCUCUCAGCCUCCAGCAUCUUCAAGCUAAACCCUCUGACACGCCACUGCGAGGUCAUCUGUUCAAGAAACUUGACACCUGUUAACAGCCCACAUAUGUACCAACGGGCCAAGGUUCUCAAGGCCAAUGAGCUGAUUGCCUACUGCAAUGGAUACUUCCUUAAGAAUAUGCUGCCUUUAUUGGAGCAGGAUUCCUUCCAGCAACUGUUGCAGAGCCAGGCAGGGAAGAAUCACAGUCUUCUGACAGAACUGCAGCAAGUGCUAGCCUUCAGGAUGCAGGCUGUGUACCAGCCCACUGGCAAGGAAACAAUGGUAUGAUUUUUAAACUUGAAAGCAAGCUCAGGCUUUAUAGACAUUGCACUUUUUUUCUAAAUUAAAGGAGACCUCAAGUAGCUUAUAUUCUCUUGAAUUCAGAGUGCUGUGAAAGAAAUUAUGGUGUGUUUGAGAAGCUGAAUCAGAGUGAGUGUACUACAUAUUUUAAUAAGCUAGAGUGUGAGUGGCUUGUUACUGAAAUAAAAGAACCUGUGAGUGCUUCCUCAAAAAACAUCUCUCUCAAGGAGCAACACCUCAUAUUCUGCCUUGGGAGCCUACAGCCCAAUAACCUGAACAUAGAAUUCACCAUUUUCAAAAUUUCCCUACCCACCGGCCUCAUCCCAUGUCCAACCCUCCCUCUCAACCCCGCCUCCUUGACUUGACACACCCCGCCCAUCUUUUUUCCCACCGAUCCGCCCCACCCUUCCCACUGACCAGCGCCACUACCCCCUACCUGCAUCCACCUAUCACUAUCCCACCUACCUACCCCCAUCCUCUCUCUAUUUAUUUCCUAGCUCCCUUAUCCCUCCCACAUCUGAUGAAGUGUCUGGACCUGAAACACUGACUCUCCUGCUCCUCUGAUGCUGCCUGACCUGCUGUGUUCCUCCAGCUCCACGCUUAAUUGUCUCUCACUCAAAAUCCCUAUCUGUCUAUAUUACAAACUAUCAACACCCUUCUUUAUAGAUCAGAUCAGGAACUAAUUGUUAACACUUAACAAGUACCCAGACCACAUGCAGACUAAAGGUGUUCAGAGCCUAUUAUAUUAUCAUUUGUGUCCUCUAGUUUUCCUAUCUCAUUUUUGAGAUUCAUUAUCUCAUUAUUAGAAAAUAAGGAUUCAUUCCCUUUACCUCUUUUGCAAGACCCACUCCCACGGUUCCCACGUCCCUACCAUCUCUCCAUUUGGUCUCAUUUUCAGGAUGAUUUUAAUUUACAUCAGGGCCAUUUCCCCAGCUGCAUGUCUCCUACAGAGAGCUGUCCUCAUGGGCCAGUAUGCCUAAGGCGUGUGGGUAGCUGGUGAGGGAGGCUUCAGAUUGUAGAACACCUUCAGAGAAUUGUCCCUUUCAUGCGUCAUAUCUGAGAUAUCUCCAGCAUUCGCGAUCCAUGACAAACACCUUCAGUCAGUGACACCAGAAAUUCGGGUGCUUCAGACAGCAGAAAUUAGAAAAACACUUGCUUGAAUUGGUCAACUUUUUAAAUUUAGCACCAAUACUUUAACAACAUCUUAAAAUCGAACUUGCAACAAUGAACUGAGGUUGGUUCAAAAUGUCUGAUGGCCUCAGUAAUGUUAUUUAGACACGGAAUAUAUCACUCAACAAAGCUUUCUGUGGUAUUGGUACUCUCCACUUGCUUACAACAAUUAACUAAUGGCUUGGUUUAUAAAGCACCUUUGGCUCGCUUGGCUAAUUACUAAAGAAAGAGGAAGCAAAAUGACUAUUUAUUGUUUAUGUGCAAUACCGUGUGUAAAUUAUUGUAUUCAAAUGUUUCUUUUUGCUUAAUUUAAUGUUCAUUUUUGUAAAAAUGACUGUGUUAACCUGGAAAAGAUUGUUAAAUUAUGAAGUGGUAGAAGUAUAUAUUUUUAACAGGAAUGAAGAUCGAAUGAAGGAUUCAAAUACUGUGACUGUAUUUACAAUGUUGAAUGCAUUGACAUCUUUUCACAAUGUGCCUUUUGUAAUUAAAUAUGACUUGAUUCUA